UUUUUGACGCAGUCUAAGUCGGAGGUGAAGAAGGAGUCCGGUGAGUCCAGCCCGUCGGAGGCCGCCUGCCUCUGCUCUCCGGCGGCCAAGAACCAGUGCGCCAGCUGCGGCAUGGAGAUCCAUGACCGAUACCUGCUGAAGGUCAACAACCUGAACUGGCACUUGGGAUGUUUGGAGUGUUCAGUCUGCAGAGCGUCUCUGCGGCAACACAACAGCUGCUACGUUAAAAACAAAGAAAUCUUCUGCAAACUGGAUUAUUUCAGUAGGUUCGGCACUAAGUGCGGCCAGUGUGGCCGGCAGGUGUACGCCAGCGACUGGGUGCGGCGGGCUCGGGGCAGCGUGUACCACCUGGCCUGUUUCGCCUGUUUCUCCUGCAAGAGGCAGCUGUCCACCGGGGAGGAGUUCGGCCUCGUGGAGGGCAGGGUGCUCUGCCGCAGCCACUACGACAUCAUGCUGGACAACCUCCGCCGAGCUGCAGAAAACGGGACAGGACUCACUCUGGAGGGAGCGCUGCCCUCUGAUCAGGACUGCCAACCAAAACCAGCCAAGAGGGCGCGGACAUCGUUCACUGCAGAGCAACUGCAGGUGAUGCAGUCUCAGUUCGCUCAGGACAACAACCCUGACGCUCAGACUCUACAGAAACUGGCAGAAAUGACGGGACUGAGCAGACGAGUCAUACAGGUCUGGUUUCAGAACUGCCGAGCUCGACACAAAAAGCAGCCGCCUCUGAGCGGCUUCUCUCAGAGUGGCUUCUCUCAGAGCGGCUUCUCUCAGAGCGCUCCGAUGUCCAGGAUGCCUCCGUCGCUGCCAGACGAUAUCCACUAUUCACCGUUCAGCAGCCCGGACCGACCACAUCUGCUGGCCCUGCACGGAUACCUGGACACUCAUCCCUUCUCCGUCCUCGCCGCCCCGGGCCACUUGACCCAUCCCUCCAUCUCUUUACCACAGCUUCCUAUCAGCCGCUGACCUCCUGCAUCGUCACCGUUCUGCUGUUGUGAGAAAAAAAAAAAAAGAAUCCUUUUGGGACGUACUGUCAGUAAUCUGCUCUGUUUGGGAGCCUAACCCCUCGGGGCAUGCAGGACCUCGGCGAUCUGUUUUCAAUCAGUUGGAUUCUUCUUUGCUGUGAGACAGUCUUUGAAAAGACAGCAGACUGUGGAGAAAUGGCUCACCUUCACACCAACAUGGGAGAUAAGAAGACCACUUACAUUUCAUUUUUCCUCUUCUUGAUGGGACUCAAAACAUUGCAUCAGGUCAGGAUUGUUUUCCUUUUGUUUUCCCACUCGACGUAUUUUAAUGAUUUUGCUGCAGCAUGAAAACAGGGAGUGUUGUAGCAGUAUUACAGUAAAACCUCAGCAUUUGUUUUUUGUAUUGGUGAUGAGCACGUUUGCAGCUUUACUGUUGUUUGUUGUUGUAUUGUUGUCAGAAAACUCCUUAUUUAUUCAGAACAAAACUUCACUUUUGAAAAAA